GCUAUUUGGAAGAGGAGAAAUAAGAGGUAUCUCUUAAGCUUUAGUGGUGAAAGUUGAGUGUCUAACUAACUGGGAAUACAAUUGGAUGCAACAUGGAGAAUUGUUCUACAAGUAUUGCAAGGACCAUGAAAUUCCAGACAAGUAGAUAGGCAAGCUAAUGGUUGCUACUGGAUUAUCAGAGGUUCCAAGGUUGAGCGCUCUCAUGACUCGAGGAAUUCAAAAUGGGGUUGAGGGUCUGAGAAUGAUGGAGGGGCAUGAAGCUACCACACUGGAACCCGAAUUGCAAUGUUUUAUUAAAGCUUUAUGGUCGCCUUCCUCGGGAAUAGUGGAUAGUCAUUCCUUGAUGCUAUCAUUGGUGGGCGAAGCUGAAAGUCAUGGGACGACUUUUUCUUACAAUACUGCUGUUAUUGGUGGUCAUAUUGAAGGAAAUCAAAUUCAAAUUCAUGUUUUUGAGAGCAAUGUCAUUGCAAGCUGGAAUGGGAGCUCUGAAUUGGACUCUGAACUAAUUCUUAUUCCCAAGGUUGUAGUGAAUUCUGCAGGUUUAAGCGCUCCAGCCAUUGCAAAACGAAUGAAAGGUCUACCUGACGGUAUUAUACCUGCUUCUCAUUAUGCUUGUGGUUGCUACUUCACACUUUCAAACACGAAAUCCCCUUUCAAGCACUUGAUUUAUCCUAUACCUGAGGUUGGUGGCCUUGGAGUGCAUGUUUCCUUGGAUUUGAAUGGCCAAAUCAAGUUUGGUCCUGAUGUCGAAUGGAUAAAAGGAAUUGAUGAUAUUCCGAGCUUCCUCAACAUGUAA